GACGUGACUGGACGUGACCUCAUAGGAAAUCGGAGGAAGCGGUGUAUAGUGUGCACAAGUCACGUUCAGUUCUCGUUUUCGAGGGACGUGCAAAAUCCACUCGUGCGAGGACUCGUCGCUGCGACGGAGUGAUGCGCGGUGUGAGGAAUGCGAGGGGACGGUCUCUGACGAUCGACGAGAUUGUUGUUUACAUUCCUCUUCAAGUACAUUCUCGCGGGACCGCCAUAUAGGGAAACCACCUUGCUCCUUCCGCGUACAUGUCGCGUGUCUUUUUUUCGAAGGACUCCUGAAUCGCUCAAGUGGCAUAACACUCUGGUGUAUCGACGAAGGAGGUAUUAUGGACCAUCUGGAAAGGUAUCGUUAGAAUCAAAGUGCUUCCUUUACCUCCAAGAAGGCAAAUUGCUACUUGCUGGACCGUUGAUUCACAUUGAUCCAAUUUAAGCUGUGGUACUGUAAAAAAUAUGUACAUUAAAUACAACGGUGAAUAUCGCCCUCGUUGUGUGGCGUAAUGACAAAGCAGCUGUCUAUAAUAGAAGGAAUUCUCAUAUCAGGUAUUAGAUUUUUGAAUCUCAGCACCGCUGAGGAAUGCUUAGGUAUUUUUUUUCCAUUAUCGCAUACAGAUAUGACUUGCCUUAGGAGGGUCUUUUGAGUCAGAAAUUAAAAAGGAGAUUAGAAAAAGAAAAAGAAAGAGAAUACUGGCCAUAAACACAUCACUCGAGCGUAUCUUCUGAGAUUCUUAAAAGUCCUCAGGGACUCAUGAAAAAAUGAUAGCUACGUUUCUUCCGACAGAAAUGAUUUAUAAACAACUGAGAGAUUGAAGAUUUUAAGACGGGAAGUUUUUCUUCUCGAGGAAGCUAAAUACUGGAUCAUCUGAUCCACGUUUGAUCCACUCAUGAUACUGUGAUCCUUAUAGGUGAUUCAGAAGUCUAAGAGAAUAAAAAGAAGAAGACCUGAGAGUCUAAUUCUAAGAGUACUUAAUUCGAAUGUGGAUGGAAAGAGGUGAUCUAUUACGAUCUGAUUUCUGCGGAAGCUCCCGCGAAGCGAAGAUGUGACAUAUCAUCCGAACGACGAACGUUGUAACGUUGUGAGAAAAAAAAAAGAAAAAUGGUACACUCAGCAGUCGUGGUUCUUGCUCUGAUCUCCGUCAGUGUAUCCGCCUACGAGCAUACCGCCGCGGAUCAGUGCGACUGGUCCGGAAGCGGAGGAGAAAGCGGUGGUGUCCGGCCAGUGUAUCUGCGCUGUGCUCGAGGAACGGUACUAUGGCGCUAUCCUCAUGACGCUUUGAGAGUGGUUCUUUCCUUUCCGGUCUUGGAGAACAAUUCUCUCAGCUAUCUGGGUUUCCGUGCCUGCGUCAAGAUUUCUGGGCCUGUGCGGGUCUUUCUGGAAGCUAGCGGCAAGCUAAGACAACUCUAUUCUCCGUCCGAUGGCAAGCACGAACUUACACACCGAUGCUUCCGCUCGCGGAAGCUUACAGCCGCACUUUACAUGGAAGCUGAGGAUGAUUAUUCCUUCAAAAACACCAAGGUCAAGCUGCAAUACGAUCUGGAGCCGAAUUCUGUGAAGGGGAGAACACUUCGCGUGCCGGACGAAGAGGAGGACUGCAGACCUUGCUCCAUGGAGGAACUCGCCAAGGCUUAUUGUCAAAGUGACUUGGUUGCUAAAGGCACUGUCACUGACGUCGAACAGAAUCCUAAGAUGGAUACGGCUGAACUGAUACUUAGGGUCACUAAGAUUCUGCGCUAUGUAGCCCAGGAAACUGAGGGCAAUGAAAUUGACGCGUCUUUUAAGAAGAGCGUGCGUGUACGAAUACCAAUGGUAUGUGACGCGCGGCAUGGUCUCGGUGAAUUUGUGAUAAUGGCCAAACGACGUCUCGGAGAUCUCACCUUGGUAUGCGCACCUCGACUGGAGGCAUGGAUGCAAAUUGUACAUGAAAUGGACAAUGCUCCCUGCGUCCUUCAUAGUUAGUUAAUGAGAUUUGAUUUUCUUU